AUUCACGUCAUUGAGCAGCGAACAUCACGACCGCACAGUUGUCUAUGAAAAGCCGGAUUUAGUUGUGCCGUCUUUUACACUCUGAAUGUUUUUAAACAGCACAUGUCUGGCGACCGGAAGUAGGCACAACAGAUGCAGUGCUGUGACUAAGCGAGAGUAAUAACGUUAGGUUACUCGAUAUGUGUCUCUGAUACUGCGGGUGGAAAGUUGGCUGUUAAGGACCAGCGAAUGUACAACGAGGAAUAUGGUGUUGUUUUUUAUAUGAGCAGUGGUUCAAUGCCUUUUCCUCUUCCUGGUAUGAUUAGCGGAAGCCAGCAGUACAGUAACGUUAGUGUGUGUUUGUCUCUUCAUCUGCAGCAGCAGCAGCCGGUUGUGACAGACAGCGAUCCACUUCCCGGUGUGUUUCAUUAACGGACAGACAUCUGAACAUCUUCUCAGCGGCGUUGGACUAUUGAAUACGGAGUAGGUAUAUCAGUGAGAGACUGAUUUCUGAAGAUGACGGGUAAAUCAGUCAAAGACAUUGACCGCUAUCAGACUGUUCUCACAUCUCUUCUCGCGCUGGAGGAAAACAAGUUUUGCGCUGAUUGUAACGCCAAAGGUCCCAGAUGGGCUUCCUGGAAUCUUGGAAUCUUCAUUUGUAUCCGCUGUGCGGGAAUCCAUCGGAAUCUUGGCGUUCACAUAUCACGAGUUAAAUCUGUAAACCUGGACCAGUGGACUCAUGAGCAGAUACAGUCUGUUCAGGAGAUGGGGAAUGCCAAAGCUCGGCGACUAUACGAGGCCUUUUUACCAAAGUGCUUCCAGCGCCCUGAGACAGACCAAGCGGCUGAGAUUUUUAUCCGUGACAAAUAUGAUAAGAAGAAAUAUAUGGAUAAAUGCAUUGACAUCCAGUCCUUCAGGUUUUCUUUACAUUGUCAGAAAGAAAAGAGUGAGACAGUGACGAAAGAGGCUCCUGUUGUUUUUGAAAAGAUGAAGCUGAAAAAAGACGAGUCACAACCAUUCAAAAACAGUCCAAAGCAGUCACAGUCCGUUAAUGACUUACUAGGACUAGAUGCCCCUGCUCCUCAAGCUACCGUGUCCAAUGGCAAACCGAGUACUGAACUCAGUCCCGCCCUCGACCUCUUCAGCUCUCUGCCUGCUGCCGUCAGCACCUCAAACUCCUCCAGGAGCACGCCUAGCUCAGGAUCCAUGCCUACCGGACGUGUAGCAGCAUCAGCGCCCGAAAACCUCAGCCUGUUUCUGGAUCCUCCCUCCAAAAGUGAGGACAGCGGAAAAAAGAUGUCUAAGGACUCAAUCUUGUCCCUGUAUAGCAGUACAGCACCACAAACAAACAUGGCUGCUCAUGCUGGCAUGUACAUGGGAGCACCCCAGAUGGGCUAUGUCCCUGCUGCAGGAUACGGCCAAUACCAGGCCCUGGGUGCCCAGCAGGGCGUGAUGGGGCCUAUGAUGGCUCCACAGAUGAACAUACUGGGACAGGCAGGUGUCAUGCCGCACACCGGAGUGGCAGCUGCACCUCCGUACAUGGCAGGGGUGCAGGGGGGCGUAAUGGGAAUGCAGAACGGGAUGAUGGGAAGCGUGGCAGCAGUUCCUCCGCAGGCAUAUGGAGCACAGCAGGCCCAACAGCUGCAGUGGAACAUCAGCCAGAUGACUCAACACAUGGCGGGAAUCAAUUUCUACGGUGCCAGUAACAUGAUGGGAUACGGGCAGCCCAUGGGAGGGGCGGCUGCUCCCGGUUCAAAUCCAAUGCUCGGGUCGCACGUGUGGAAGUGAUGUCAUAGAGAGAAAGAGAGUGGGACAGCGUGUCUGUAUUGGUUGGGCUCGGUUGGCACCACGACUGACUGACAGCAGAAGGGGAACAGAUUGUAGGAGCUAACACUUUGGGGAGUCGAUUAGAUGAAGUCUCUACCUCCCUCAUUCUCAGAGCCAGAUUCUCAUGCUUUCCUUCAAACAGUCCCAUACUCAGAGAGAGAACAGAAGUGUCAUUCGCCAUGUAGACUGUGUAUUCGCCUCUCAGCCGAAUGUCAGCUUUGAGGUUUUAGAUUGAUGUGUUUUUGCUGCAUCCGCUUGAAGAUUUGGUUUUCUGUUCUCUCUCUGAUCCGCUUUAAGAUGCGAGCACAUUUAGCGUUUCUAGGCAAAUUUUCACAUGCAAAAUCUGGUUAGGAAUCUGGAGUUUGUGGGCGAUUGAGUUCCCUUUGCAGAUUUUGCUUGUGAAUUUGCCACGCUGACCAACAGGAACCUGCUUGGUGUGACUUCUGUGUGAGCUGUGCUUCACACUUCACUGUUGAUGAUAUACAAUUGCUCUUUUUGCCCACAGCUUUUCGCCAAAAUCACGCUAAUGCGGCAGCAUCUUUAGUUUCAGUUAACAAAGCUUGUUUCAUGUCUUCAACACUUUUAUCAUAUAUAUAUCUAUAUAUGUGUGUGUGUGUAUAACAGUCUAUGUCUCAUCAUAAGCAUGUUUGCAGUCAUAAAUGUACAGCUAGAAGCCAUUUAAGACCGUAAGUAUCUUAAACUUUGAUACUGCUGAGGAAAAUGUCCAUUUUGUGUCUGUGCUAUCAGGUUCGGCAAUGAUACUCUUGUAUGGUCGACUUUCUAACGCACAGGGUACAACUAAGCCACUUUGAAUUUGCUUUCUGUCACAUUCGCUCUCAACUCAGGAGAAAUAAAGACUUGGGGGAUGAGGGUUCCGCAUCCAUCUCAUAGCAGGACAUUCACAUUCAGCCAAAGAUUUAUUAACGCUCAGCAGUCGGCACAGAUCUUUAGAACAGUCCGUUCUAGAUGGAUCCGUGCUGCUGUUUGUCGUUUCACAGCAUUGCGGUUUGACCUCAAGAGUAUAAUGGCACCAUUGAUUGUAUUGUGCACUGCUUUUCUCCUCGUUACUGAGUGCAGGGUCGCCUCUGGCGGAGAGAACAACAUUUUGGGACACUGAGGCUGCAGUUUGGACCGAGACCAAAUGAAUGUUUCAUUCUGACUGCUGCCCGGAGAGCAGUUUACCAUGGCCACUGUGUGAAGUUCAUUCAAAGUCCAUGUGUUUGAACCUAACACCUGCUUCUGAAGUAACCAAAUGCAACCAUCUUAUUUUAAACUAGAGCAUGUGAAAAGAAGAAGCUAGGAUCCCUUUGAAACGGCUGAUAAACAGCCUUGGAUGGUUUGCUGGUCUGUUUUACUGGUUUCAGACAGGUUUAGUCUAUUUAAGGGCACUUACAGCAGCUAGCCUGGCUUGGAUACCAACAAGACCAGAAAUCAAUCUUAGACUGGUUUGUGUAUUUGUUCAGGGUUAAACAGUUGUAUGUACAUGCAUUAAACAUGUCUGGGCUUUUGUGUUUAUUUUCAGGUCAUAGCCACAGAGACUCGAAAUGUUCUACCCAGGAAGCGUUCUUUUUUCUUAAUGACAGUGAUUUGUAAAGAAGUUCACUGCUCCAGGCUUCUCAACAUUCUACAAUAUUUGGUUGCUGGUUUUACUGUAGACCUGAAUGUGAAAAAAAAUGUGUUUGCUAUUAUUAUUACUGAUGCUUUUUAUACCUUGGUGAAUAUGUGGGUUGAAACCACUCAGUCAUUGUGGUCUUGCACAUCACUGUCCUCUACUGGCCAAUAAGUGAUCAUCAGUUAUGUACAGUGGUUGUUUGUAUCACAACAUUUGUUGCUUGUUUGUUAAAUUUUAAACUGCACUGCAUUUUUUAGGUUUUGAAUGUUUGGUUUGUUUAUUAACUGAUUAAAUGGUACCAUUCCUAUUUCAUAAUUAGGCACAUGUGAACCAUGUUUGUGAUAUAACGAGACAUUACCCUCUGUAUAUGGUCUUAAGGUUUUAUCUUUAAUUUAAAACUAUUGCGAUAAUGGCACUUUGCCAUAGCAGCUUGUAUGCAUGAAUCGUUCAUGGAGAAAGUUUGAUUAUUAGACAACAAUCACUCUGUGUGCAUGCUAGACAUUCCAAAACCGCAAUCAUUAGACGUUCACACUGAAGUCAGACUGUAUGGGCUGAAAAGUAUUGCUGUUGAUUAAAUUCAUCUCGUCAGUGCAUCUGCUUUCAGUUUUCAACCUUCCACUUGAAUGUAUCUGUCCGGUUUGAGUGAUUAGUAUCGGGUCAUUUAAAGAAUGAUGUAGUGCUCUUUGUAAAGCAAUCUGGGGUCCUGUUUAAAAUUAGAUUUACAAUUUUGGCACACCGGUAAUCUGUAGAGAAGCAAUCAUUCUAGAGGUCUUCUAUAAAAUGCAACUGCUACGUAUACAUUUCAUUUCAUUCAAUACAUAAAAUAAAUGCUUUUGUUUUAAGCUAGAGAUAAAUGUUAAAACCGCUGUUUUCUUAAUAUGCAUCAAAUGUUUCCUUUUUGGAAUAUGGAGGGCUUGUUUUCACACACGCUUGCAGACUCAAGGAAGAGACUCCAACAGCUGUGUAAUGGUUUUCAUCAAUAAUUUAGGUGAAACGGUGCUAAAACAUCAUCUUGGCCACAUUACGUUGUGGAGGUCUUGAAGAUUCUUCCUCUAUGAACUCUCACAUGAGAAGAUGUAACUUCAUGUAAGUUUCUGUUAUGCUGAAGUGAUCCCAUCAUUGUGGCUCACGGUGGAUGUGUAGAUACAGUAUGUCGGUUACUUGCGAAGUUCCUUUUUAGAAAUAUAUUACAAAGGCUUGAAUGUGAAAUAAGAUGAUAAAUAAACAUCUCGACAGCAA